UUAACAGACAUUCUCACCAGAUCUACUGAUUUUUAGACAAAUCAUCAUUGGCAGGUGAUGUAUAGAUCUACUUUUUUAAAAAAGACAUUGACUGAUAAUGCCAUAUUAUCAUUGGUUGGUUAUGUUAGAUCUACUGUUCUAUAGACCUAUUAUCACUGACUGGUACUGUAUAGAGCUACUGUCUUAUAGAAAUAUUAUUGGUUUGUUGCUGAUGUAUGUUGUUGUUAGAAUGAUGGUUGUAGAUCUUUAUAGUUACCCGAAUCUAAAUUUAUUUUUUGAGACUUCAAAUGGUAACAAACUAUGACUUAAAUACGCCAGCAUCUGCUCCAGGAUUUAGCCAUAUCAUAUACAUUUAACACUCAAAAUUUCCAAAUGACAGCUGUAAGAUGCUUGCUGCUCUGUUUGUCAUCCUGGGGUUCCUCUUGCUGGCGGAGUCUCGGCUGGAUUCACUGAAGACUGUGGAGGAAUAUAUGAACAUUUGUUUGGAUGGAAAUAACCAUAAAUCUGCACCUGGUCCCAUGGAUGCUAAAGCGAUGGAAAAGGUAAAUCAAGUUUAAAGCAGUCAGCUUUGAAAAUUAUUUUCUUGGUUAAAAUUUAACUGAAAGCCGUUUUUUCGGAUACGUUCAUUACAUAGGAAUCAUCAUCAUAUAACCUUGGUAUGUCUAGACCAGCGGUUCUCAACCUUGGGUUGCGACCCCUUUGGGGGACGAACGAUCCUUACACAAGGGUUGCCUAAGACCAUCGGAAAACACAUAUUUAUGAAGUAGAAACAAAAAUGAUUUUAUGGUCAGGGGUCACCACAACAUGAGGAACUGUAUUAAAGGGUCGCGCAUUAGGAAUGUUGAGAACCAUUGGUCUAGACAUACCAGAAAUAUUGCUUAGAUCAAUGUGUUUUGAAACCUUUUUAUUGGAAAGGAACCCCUGUGGAGCCACAAGCAGUGACACAAGGGUUUGCUCUAUUCCAAAGGCACAAAAGCACCAUUGUCCUGUACUUAGUGAUGCGUGAAAACAUAACACCCAUUGACAGAUGCAUGUGUGUUACAUUGUAAUUGUAGCCCAAUAAAACAUAAACUUGUGGGACCAGAAUAGCAGAUAUUACUAGUUCCUUUAUUGUUUUAUGUUAGCAGAUCAAUGAGAGAGAAACUAUUUGUGUAAAUCAAACAAUAAAAGUUCAGCUUUAAUAAUGAUGACACGGAAUACAAAUGUAGAUGUUUCACAAAUGCCUUCAUCAGUACAACAAAAACAUUCAGACAAGUAUACAUUCAAUUAACAUUAAGAUAUAUAUAUAUAAUAUAAGUAUCUGACCUAAAAAAGAAAAAAAGAAUAAGAGUGGGCGCUAAAACAAAGCCCAGAAGAACGGGAAAAAGACAUAGCAGCUAAGUAAAUUUGUGAAUUUGGUUUAUACCGUAUGGAGUCAACUUACCAAAUCUUGUUAUGAUUCUGUUUUCCAUAUAAAUUCUGUUAGCAUCAGUUUGCAUUAGUGAAAAUUUCAGUGCCCAAAUUGUGCGUGGUCAGUUCUACAAAGGUGUUGAAUUUGUGGCCAAAUGUUCGAGAUAGACACCCGAAUUUCAACUUCGACCGACAAAAGUCGUUCUCGUUUCUUAUGUUGAUGGUGGUCAAGACAGAAAAUCCGAACAAGCAAGAAGUUGAACACUGCAACUAAAGUCGCACAGCCGCUUCAGUGAUAGCCGGGUACUUGUUUUCAGCUAUAGCUGGGUACUUGUUUUCAGCUAUAGCCAGGUACUUGUUUUCAGCUAUAGCUGGGUACUUGUUUUCAGCUAAAGCUGGUUACUUGUUUUCAGCUAUAGCUGGGUACUUGUUUUCAGCUAUAGCUGGGCACUUGUUUUCAGCUGAAAUAAGUCUGCUCAUCAUAUUGUCUGAAAUAAGUCUGGUCAUCGCAUUGUCUGAAAUAUAUCUGCUUAUGGUAUUUUCAGUUUUUUGGCAUAACUGUUAUUUAUAUUUAUCUAUACAAAAAGGUGGUGGAGACAAUGUUAGGCCGGGCAAUAUUUAAAAGUUAACCUCUGUUAUUGUUUGUCAUGAACCCAAUAUAUUUAUAAGUGAUGUUAUGUUUUUUAAUAUAAAUAAUUGAUCUAGAUAAAACAUUAUAAAUAUCUUGUUCAAAAACACACUGAGCAUGUACAGUAUUUAAUUUGUCAUUUUUGUUUAUACGUUUUGUGUGGAAUGCAAAAGUUGAUAGUGCGGGCCAUACUUGUUCCAACCUUGGUUUAGAAGGUAACCCGCGGUUGCAUUAAUUGUACUUGAAGUCACAGGCAAGAGUUUUCAUAGAUUAACCAGCCCAUGGGAAGGGGCUUUUCAAAUUUCUUGUUUUUGUUUGCAAAAAUAGAAUUAUUUUUUUCAGUUUUGUACCCCAUGGUCUCAACGAUCGUGUUGUACAGAACAAGUGGCGCAGGAUAUGCACAUCCAUCCUCAGUGGUUGAACUUCAACUGGGACCACUGCAGGCAACUCUCGCCACCCUGUCGGGAACAGUUUCUCAUGGAUUUGUGUUUUUAUGAAUGUUCUCCAAAUGUUGGACCCUGGCUCAUCAAGGUAUGAGACAAAAAUUGUGUUUUCUCAUUUUAUAGUUUUAAUUAAAAAUCUUUGUUGUACAUGGCAUAUUUCUGAUUUCCUAUUAUAUUAAUUGGUUAAGAACACUAUGACAAGAUAUAGAAAAUAAAUAAAUGCAUAUAUUCAUGGUUAAGAACACUAUUACAAAAUAUAGAAAAUAAAUAUUUUCAUUGUUUGAAAAACACUAUUACAAAAUAUAGAAAAUAAAUAUUUUCAUGGGUUGAAAACACUAUCACACAAUAAAGAAAAUAAAUAAAUCCAUAUAUUCAUUGGUUGAGAACACUAUUACAAGAUAUAGAAUGUAAAUGUUUUAAUUGUUGUAGAGGAGUAAUUUAGUAAUUUAAGCCAAAUCCAUUACCGGGGUAUUUUAUUAUUUUUAUGUUGAGAUUUUUUCAUAGAGUUUUAAAAAAAAAUAAAAUAGUUUAUAGUUUUAUAUCUGAUAAAGAAAUGUUGCGCUUUUUAUAUACAAAUGAUCUUUCAACUUUAAUAGUAGUUAAAAUUGAUAAUUGAGGCUUAUUACAUACCUGAUGUUUGUAAAUGUUUUGUUUUUUGUUAGAUGUUUCAUCAAUACAUAAUUAUAUUUUCAGGAUGAGAGAAAGAUCAGAAAGGAGAGGUUUCAGAAUGUGCCAUUGUGUCAGUCUGUCUGUACCAACUGGUGGCAGGCUUGUAAAAAUGACUUCACGUGUCUUGACAAUUGGGCUGUUAGUUUUAAUUGGUCCACAGGUAGGAAUGAAGAUGGCACACAUUAUUUAAAGAGUUUUAAGUUUAAUAAUUAAUGGAAAAUUUAUUUUUGACAGACUACUUGUUGAUCCCAGAAUAUAUUAUUGCACUAUUUCUAAUGGUUUAAAAUUAGGUUAACGGAAUAUUUUUAAAAGUUUUCAAUGAUGUCAUGAGGUUUAGUGAUGAAGGCAUUUUGCAGAGACAUCUACAUUUGUAUUGUGCCAUCUACAUUUGUAUUGUGCCAUCUACAUUUGUAUUGUGCCAUCUACAUUUGUAUUGUGCCAUCUACAUUUGUAUUGUGCCAUUUCAUUAAAGCCCAACUUCACUGUAUACCACCUUUAUAUGCCAACACCGUAUGCCAACAAUGUAUACCAAUUCAAAAAAUGUUAUUUUUCUUUAAUCUAAUUGUGCAUUAUCUUAUUAUUUGUCAUUAAAUAAGACAGAAAGACUGGGCCACAUCACCCAGCCAGACACUAGUUCCUAAAGUUUUGCUAGUUAAGAUGGCCAGACACUAGCUCCUAAAUUUAUGCUAGUUAAGCCAGACAGACAUUAGCUCUUAAAAUUAUGCUAGUUAAGCCAGCACGAUACUAGCUCUCAAAAUUAUGCCAGUAAUCCAGAUGUAGUGAUUGGUCAGGGUUUCGUUUGUCUGGCUAACCCAAGGUCACCUAAGGGUCAGAACAGCCUCCAGAAUAAUCUGCAACUGAAGACAUCUAGCAGAUGGGGUGGGGUGAUGGUGGGUAUCUGUAAAGAAUAGUCCUUGUGCAGCCACUGAAAUGAGAACUUUCAAACAAAUAAUUUGUAACUCUCAAAUAUUCCUGGUAUUUGACAUUUUUCCUCUCUCUCUCAUGUGAUACCUUUACAAUCUGGCUGGUUGUUCAAUUAAGAAUAUAGCAAUAAUAACAUUAUAUAUAUUAUUGGUUUCAGAAUUGAAUGAUCUAUUAUUUGAUCCCAAUUAUUAGAUCACAGUUUAUUAUUGUUUUGAUUUAUGGCCAAAGUUAAGGUUUUUAGUUGUGCUAUUUUAAAAAAAAAAAUUUCAACAUACAACAAAUAGUUAUGAGCAAAUAAUAUAAGUGGAAAUACAUAGUUUUAAAAUAAAAAAAUAAAUAUAUACCACUUUGGGUAUGUUACGCACUGGCUUCUAAUAUGAGAAAUUAAUCUCCUAUUUUAAAUUUAUAUAAUUUAUGGCUCGUUGUAAACAGUGCCUAACAAAGGACGAUACCAUAGAGUCAACAAUAUUAAAGAUACGACACCCAAAACAGUUGCCAGUUACGAUUAAUUAAGAUUUAUUAAGUAUUAAUACAAUAACAAAACAAAAGAAAUAUAAUUAUAAAUCAUCAACUUACAGUAUGGUAGAUCUUUUACCGGUACACAGUUAAUGCAAUGUGCCAAUUAAUAAUGAUGAAUGCGAAAUAAACACAUAAUACACAAAUACACAAUACACGUCUCGUGAAAUUAAUAAUUAUCUAUCUGAGUCUCCGUCUGUGCCUGUCAAUCCCUUAUAUAGGCCGCGUAAGCCCAGCCUUCCAUAAAAGACUUAUGACGUGUUGUUUACAUUUCUCGGGUUAUCGAGCACAUUAGAGAAAAUACCAGGAGAGAAUCUAACAUGUUUAAUUGGUAAACACGGUUGUAAACAAGAUACAUCAAACGAAUAGGCCAUGCCCAUUACUGUCUGCUAGGAUUCUAAUUUAGGUCAAGUAAAGUUCACGCACAGAAAAAGUGUGCUACAUAACAGGGUACAAAUAAACACAUAUUGGUUAUGAAAACUCAUAUCUUUAACAAAGGGAACACAUUAACUCCUAAAUUUUCUGUCUGUUUGAUAAACCUCAUAAAGAUUUUCACAUUAUUGCAUUACUUUAAGUAUCCAUUGCACUUGCAACAGCAUGAUGAGUUAUAACCAUUCAUAUUGCUGCAGUAGAAACAUGAGGAUUGUCAACAACAUGAUGAGUUAUAACCAUUCAUAUUGCUGCAGUAGAAACAUGAGCAUUGUCAACAGCAUGAUGAGUUAUAACCAUUCAUAUUGCUGCAGUAGAAACAUGAGCAUUGUCAACAGCAUGAUGAGUUAUAACCAUUCAUAUUGCUGCAGUAGAAACAUGAGCAUUGUCAACAGCAUGAUGAGUUAUAACCAUUCAUAUUGCUGCAGUAGAAACAUGAGCAUUGUCAACAGCAUGAUGAGUUAUAACCAUUCAUAUUGCUGCAGUAGAAACAUGAGCAUUGUCAACAACAUUUGUCACUGCAUAAUUAAUUCUACUAUGGAACUAAAAAGACUAAAGCUAUCCGAUUUUUUUAGUUAUUCAAGACAUGCAUUUUUACUAUUUCUAUUUAUUCCAACUAAUUUUAUCACAAUCCAAUCAACUAGGCACAGCAGUUGCAUUCAGAUUAACAUACAUUAAAAAUGGAAGCAAUUAUACUGUUUCAUUAGAUAUUGAAUCUGCAAGAACCAAUAAUUUAUUUACCUUUGUUGUUCCAUACUGGUAUUGUGUUACAGUUAUGAAAUAAGUAUAUCUUAUCCUCUCCUGCUUCCAGAGGCGUAGCGAGGGGGGGGGGGCAGGGGGGAGACAGAUGUCCCCGGGCGCAAACUAGUUAGGGGCGCCAAAAUGUGCUUUGAUAUUAUAUUAUUGGUAAAAAUAAUGGAUUUGAGAGUUGACAAAAAGAAAAGGGGGCGCUUUAAAAUGGAUCUUGUCCUCGGGCGCCAAACACCCUCCCUACGCCUCUGCCUGCUUCUCUUGAUAAUUUAAUAUGGUUGCUCCAGGGACUAAAUUUGCAUGCAUAUCCUUUUCAUCUGGUGCUGAUGGUGUUGAACUAUACCUGCUUAUCAGCAGUUUAUUCUCUUUUAGAAUUUUGUACAGUAUAGGCCUGUUUCUCUUGAUAAUUCAAUAUGGUUGCUCCAGGGACCAAAUUUGCAUGCAUAUCCUUUUCAUCUGGUGCAGAUGGUAUUGAACUGUACCUGCUUAUCAGCAGUUUAUUCAGUUUCUCUUUUAGAAACUUUUACAGUAUAGGCCUGUACAUUGGUAUAGGCCUGAACAUUGGCCUAAAUUAAAACAAUUUAUGAAUUCAAUAAUCCAGUGAAUAAACUCCAGUACCAGCUCAGACAAGUGGGGCAUGUAGGUUAGAAGUCCAAUGAGUGUUAUAAAUUUUGUUCAUCAACUGGAAUGUCCAAUUAAAAUCAAGUUGGCUUAGUUUCCAUAACAUUGCAGGUGCAAUUGUUGUUUACAUUUACAAAGCAUCUCCAGCCUUGUUGAUGGAAACUGACAGUGAAAAGUGAUAAAGUUGAAUGUACUCCUUAUCUUGUAUUGUUUUGGACAGGUUUCAGUGGGUAGCUCAUGUAAAAAAAAUCCAAAAAACUAUAAAUAUGAAAUAAAAUAAUAAUAAAAUAUGCACUUGAUAAGCUGGAACAAGUAGUUAAAGAAGUAAACUUUAAAAAAUUAUUUAAAAUUUUUAUAAAGUCCACUGUUUCAGUAUACUAUACCGGUAUCAAUGUAAAUAUAGUUAUAAAGUUCACUGUUACAGUAUAUCGGUAUCAAUGUAAAUUUAGUUGUUUCCACUAUUUCCACAAAAUUUGAGUGUGUUUUAACCACUCGAAACAAAAAAAUUUUUUUACCUUCAAUAGGGAACUUUCGAUCAGGCAAAAAUACUCAGUCAUCAACAGUUCUGACUAGAUCAUGUUUUUAUCUGGCUAGCAUCACUUCUUGACCUGAAGUAUAAUCAACAACAUCAUUGUAAUAGAAAUGUUGAGCCUUUUUUUUUGGUAUCCCUUUGUGCUAUUGGUCUUCAUUGAAGGUAUAAGCAAAAGAGGAAAGGGAGAGAAAUCCCUUGUAUAAAUUAAAUCAUGAAUCUGACUUGAGAUGAAAUAGUUUUGUAGAGAAAUCCCUUGUAUAAAUUAAAUCAUGAAUCUGACUUGAGAUGAAAUAGUUUUGUCAUUGCAUAGAUUGGUUUUAGUACUAUUUAAGUUUAAUUUAAUCAAGUGAGGCCUAGACUUGACUAAAUGAGGCCUAGACUUGACUAAGUGAGGCCUAGACUUGACUAAAUGAGGCCUAGACUUGACUAAAUGAGGCCUAGACUUGACUAAUUGAGGCCUAGACUUGACUAAGUGAGGCCUAGACUUGACUAGGUGAGGCCUAGACUUGACUAGGUGAGGCCUAGACUUGACUAAAUGAGGCCUAGACUUGACUGAGGCCUAGACUUGACUAAAUGAGGCCUAGACUUGACUAAGUGAGGCCUAGACUUGACUAAGGGAGGCCUAGACUUGACUAAGUGAGGCCUAGAUUUAAUUAAGUGAGGCCUAGAUUUGACUAAGUGAGGCCUAGAUUUGACUAGAACACACUAUAGUAGUGGUUGGCAAACUCAUUAGUCAAAAGAGCCAAAAAUCAGCAGCGUUUAGCCGACCACUGCACUAUAGGAAACACAAAUUUAUAAACGAACUCACAGUUUGCAAGUCAACAUUUUUAUUUUCUUUUAUUUCCUUACUAGGCAUCAACACGUGUCCAGAAGGGAAGCAAUGUAAGCCGUUCCAUCAAAUAUUCAAAGAUUCCAAUCACUUUUGUGAAAACCUCAUGGGCAACUCCUUUAAAGUUGUUUCAGACACAGAAGAUUGUUUCCUGCUGUGGUUUGACGCAGAUAAACCCAAUCCUAACGAAAGAGUGGCCCGAAAGAAAGCGUCUGAGAUUCUUGGUCUGCCAUUUAGUGACAGCCUUAUGGAUGGAAGUGGCUCCGAGUCGUGUUACCUUGCUAGUUUCAAUGUAUUAUUGUUUGGUCUGGUAAAUUUAGUUUUUAAGUAUGUUUCAUUUUGAUUGAUGUGGUUUAAUGAGGUAAAAGUUGUCUGUAUGAGGAACAAAACAACAAUUACAUGAAUAAAGUCAAAUGUGAAUAUGAAAGUAAAAUAUGAACUAAGACAGUAAAAUAUGAACUAAGACAGUAAAACAUGAACUAAGACAGUAAAAUAUGAACUAAGACAGUAAAAUAUGAACUAAGACAGUAAAGUAUGAACUAAGACAGUAAAACAGGAACUAAGACAGUAAAAUAUGAACUAAGACAGUAAAAUAUGAACUAAGACAGUAAAAUAUGAACUAAGACA